GUAAUACAUUGCGGGGUAGAUGAUAGGUACUACUAAUUAACGUCGCCGGAAGCGAGGUAGAUGCUGGUUGCGGCCAGGGCCUUCAGUAAGAUGACCUCCCGCACUGUGAAACAUGAGCGCGCUGAUCUCGAUGCCAUGCCUGGCACUUACCGUCGUUUAUGACGAUCGAAGUAGCCUCUGUGUCCUGUGCGGAGCAUCAAAACAACACUGUCACGAUCGAUGGGCGAGACGAACCACUGCACAUGUUACAUGUCGAUGGAUCUUGCGCUUCCGGGGGGAGUACGUUUGAUUGAUAGUGGCAAAGGCGUCCGACAGAUCUGGAAUGCAGUCAGCUUCGGAAUGCCGCCAGACACAUUAACCAACAUUUGAUGAUCUCCUUGGGCUCAUUGGGCUUGUCCCUGUACGACGUGACAUGGUCCGAGAACCGGAUGCCCGACUCGAUUUUGCGG